CGCCGCGAGCAGUCUGUGAUUAUUAAGUUAACCUAUCACAUGGCUAUAAACACAUCGGAUCCUGAAGCAAGAUCCAAAGAAUAUAUGAAGUAUACACAAGUAUUGGGACUAAAGGAGAUCGUAUAUUUAUUCCUUUACAAAAAAAUAUGGUCACCGUAGCUAUUGUAUAUCCCGAGAACGUCCGUCCGAAGUAUCACUGAGAACUCAGCGAGCAGAAGAAUAUAAAGGAAAUAAACGACAACUCGCACUUGAAGCCGCCUUUGAGAACAGAGAGCAAGAAAGUUUUGCCGAAACGCAGUGGCGUACGACCGAAAAAACUGUUGCUGACGAUUCAAACGGUUGGGCCGCGACCGAUUUAAAUAAAAAAAACCCCCGAACCGAUUUAGUAAAAUGAAUACGGUAGAAGAUAACCGACUAUACGUAAAAGUUGUCGUGGGCAAGCAUCAAACUACGGCCCUCAUCGAUCCAGGAUCGGUCUUCUCGUAUAUUAACGAAGAAACUGCAAGAAUCUGCCGAAACAACAAUUGGAAAGAAAAACCGAGCAGACGAAUUGCAUUCUUAGCCGACGGCACCAAAACCGUACUCAUAAGUAGUCUCACCGGACCGAUAUAUACGAUGGGAAAAACAUUUGAGCAACAGUUUUAUGUUAUGAAACAUUUAGAUCUUGACAUAUUGCUGGGCAUGAAUGCACUAAAAAAAUUAGAAAUAGAGAUCCGACUAAACGGGCACUUAAUCAAGAAUCCAAACAACGGAACGAGCAUGGGCUCGAUAGAAAAUCAGACUGAACUAUCGCAUCUUAGAGAGUCCGAAAAAACUGAAACUUUCCUUAAAACAGAGAUGAAGAAAUCUGAGGAAAUCAAAGGGAUCACCCCUUUCAACCAGCGUAAGGGUCAGCUGGAAGAUCCUACGCUUAUCAAACAAAACUAUAAGCCUGGGAACCCAGCAACGCCACGUCAAACACGGGACAUCAAAAUUGACGACGUCCUGCUGAAGGUGCCCAUCGGGAUGGCCCGAUUCAGGAUACGCGUCGGGCGUUUCAAGUACGCCCUGCGGCUCGACGCAGCGUCCGGAGAUUUGCGCCAUUGGAGCCGCCGCCAACUGGAGUAAUCGUAACGUAACUCGUAUAAAUCUCUCCCGAGAGCAGAAUUCCGGAAGAGAGGGGAGUGUAACGAGAAUAAUUCGAGAGCGCGCGACAAGCCUGCAACGUGAGUGAGAGCGCGACACGAGCGGGCGAAAAGUUACAUCGCGAGACGAAAUCCAAAAUUACAGCGUUUUCGACCACUCAAUCAUUUAUCGUUUUUCUUUUUGAGACGCACAGCGUUCCAAUUCACUGUUUUCUUUUCUUCUUUAUACUUUACGCAGCAGCGCCAUUCAAUAUUGUAAUCAAUUAAGGUAUAAUUUCGUAAGCGCGAUCUAUCUUAUUUUCAAGCGAUUACAACUGUCUUCCGGAAAAACCGAACCGUUUCCAAAGUUCUCUUUCCUUCUCACUCGACCCUGACAGCCGAACCUGUCCGGUAGGGGAAGUAGAGAACCGCGAUACCGCGAAUGGAAGAGAAAAUAUUGACGUUACAAAUAUAGUGAUUAUUCAUAUAGUAUAUAUAAAACUUAUUUUUACAAUUUUUCCAAGUGAGAAAAACCUUUACUGGAAAUGCCGCGGUCACAUUUUAAUAUCAAUUUAUAUAGAAGCGAAUGUAUAUUUUUGACGUCAUGUAUUAAUACAUGACUGUUUUUUUUCUAAUAUACAGAGCGACGAGUUUUACUUUCACGGUCGUGCAUUAUAUGCACUAAUAAAAUACAUAAAAUUACAAAGUUUCAGUGAGGAGAGAAAUCUCUCUUAUUUAGUAUCAGAACAAAAAUAAGUCGUCCUCGUUUUAAGAAGGAAACGUAGGAAAGUGAAGGCGCAAUAGAGGGUGCUGAACAAAUUGUAGUUUAUUGUCCGAUAACAGAAAAGGAUAAUUUCCUAAGGCCCCGGUCACUUCGCGUUUGUCUCUUUCUAAAGUAACAGUUUGAAUUAAGCACAAUGUCGCGCCUGUCGCCACGAGCCACGAGCCCGCGCGGAAACGGCCGAUUCGAGCCGAGUCGGGCGAGUCGAGUCGGCGUCUCGUUCAACCGUGUUGUCGCGAGAUAAAUAACUCCGUCAGUCACUUAGCCGCGACGGAUUUGGUUUCCGGCUGUCUCCGAACACUAAGGAAUUCAACAGAGAGAGAGACUCGGACACAGGACUUGGUAACUUUGUUAAAAUUGUUGGGCGAGUCGGAGAAGCGGGGUUACCCUAACCUCUACGGUUCUACACCGCGACGUCGGGGCAGGAUCCCGAGUUCGCCGAGGCCAAGUCUAGGAUUUCGUCCCCGGUGCGGAAUAUGAGAUAACCUCGACGAUGAGCUACAACAAGAAGGUGGCGUAUUUCUACAAUCCGGAGGUGGGCAACUUCCACUACGGGCCGGGGCAUCCCAUGAAGCCGCACCGGCUGUCCGUGAUUCACAGCCUCGUGCUCAACUACGGCCUCCACAGGAAGAUGCAGAUCUACCGGCCGUACCGCGCCAGCACCCACGACAUGUGCCGCUUCCACUCCGAGGACUACGUCGAGUUCUUGCAGCGCGUCACGCCACAGAACCUCCAGGGCUACACCAAAUACCUGAGCCACUUCAACGUGGGGGACGACUGUCCCGUGUUCGACGGCCUUUUCGACUUCUGCUCCAUGUACACCGGCGCUUCGCUGGACGGUGCGACCAAGCUCAACAACAAUUGCUGCGACAUCGCCGUCAACUGGAGCGGCGGUCUGCACCACGCCAAGAAAUUCGAGGCGUCCGGCUUCUGCUACAUCAACGACAUUGUCAUCGCUAUACUAGAAUUGCUCAAAUAUCGCGCCCGGGUGCUGUACAUCGAUAUCGAUGUGCAUCACGGGGACGGUGUGCAGGAGGCCUUCUACCUCACCGACCGCGUCAUGACUGUGUCGUUUCACAAAUACGGCAAUUACUUCUUCCCCGGUACUGGCGAUAUGUACGAGAUCGGGGCCGAAAGCGGCCGUUACUAUUCCGUCAACGUGCCGCUCAAGGAGGGCAUCGACGACACGUCGUACAUCCAGGUCUUCAAGCCCGUUAUAUCUCACGUGAUGGAGUUCUUCCAGCCGACGGCGAUAGUGCUGCAAUGCGGGGCCGAUUCCCUCGCCAACGAUCGGCUCGGAUGCUUCAGUCUCAGCACCAAGGGCCACGGCGAUUGCGUGAAAUUCGUGAGGGACCUGAACGUACCGUUGCUAACCGUCGGUGGCGGUGGUUACACAUUGCGUAACGUCGCCAGAUGCUGGACCUACGAGACGUCCCUGCUCGUGGACGAGCAGAUCAGCAACGAGCUACCGUACACCGAGUAUCUGGAGUACUUCGCGCCGGACUUCACCCUACAUCCCGAGGUCGUCACCAGGCAGGAUAAUGCCAACAGCAAGCAGUAUUUGGAGGCCAUUACGAGACACGUGUGCGACAAUCUCAAGAUGAUUCAGCACUCGCCGAGCGUGCAGAUGCAGGACGUGCCGUGCGACGCGCUGCCACCGGAGGAGGACAGGCAGCCGGAGCCAGAUCCAGACUCCCGACAGAAUCCGCAGGACACGGACAAGAUUGUCGAGCCGGCGAACGAGUAUUACGCCGGCGACAAAGAUCAGGACAAGAUGGACGUGAGCGACUCGUGAUGAAGGCAGUAUUUACAGUUUACGGGAAAAUGUGAGGACCGCACGAGUCUUCGUGUAAAUUAGAGCCGACGCGAUCCAGCAAAUUGUAUACAAUCUUGGAAUAACUCAACUUCUUCGAUGGACCAGCAACAGAGAAACUGCCUCUCAGACGACUGACUCCAAAUAGACGCUGUUGUGCAAUUACUGAAUUUUACCUGUCGAGACUAGAGAUUUAUGAAACAAAACGAACAAGCUUUAUUUUCGAGGCGAUGCAUACUUUUUAAGUUUUUUUUACGACGCAUGAAUGUAAAUAUGCGAAACUGUACAGACUGAUUUGUUUAUACUGACAAAACAAGCAUGUUUUACUCAAAUAAAUUUCGUAGACUUUGGACAAACGU